AUGGAUAAGUUAAUAGAGGGAGAGAAUAAUACAGCAACAAUAACAAAUGAUGGGGCAACUGUCCUUAAUCUUUUACAAGUUAAACAUCCUGCUGCUGCUCUUCUUGUUGAUGUUGCACAAAGUCAGGAUCUAGAGGUUGGUGAUGGUACAACAUCUGUAGUUGUAUUUGCUGGUGAAUUAUUACAAGAAGCUAAACAUUUUAUUGAGGAAGGAAUGGCUACACAAAUUAUUGUUCAUGGUAUAAGAACAGCAAGGGACCUGGCAUUGAAGCGCAUUGAUGAAAUAAAAAUUUCUCUUGCUGAUCAAUCCUCUGAGUAA